UAAAUUUGUCAAUAAUUUGCAUUUCUUUUGAGUUUUUUUUUUUAAUGAUUUUUUUUACCAAUUUAUUUUUAUUAGAAGAUUCUAAUUUCACUUCAUAGCUAUAACUUAGUGCCUUAUAAAUAAGUAAAACUUACGAUUGAAAUAUAUGCUAGAAUUUUCCUUUUAGAAAAGAUCUUGACAGAAAUACAAGAGGAGAUGGUGGAAUAAGAUUUGGCACUAUCAAAGGUAAAUGGGAAUUAGAAUGCCAAGAAUCACCUAUCCUAGUAAAAGAACCUUGGUAUUAGAUAUUUCUCAUGUCUAGCAGAACUUUGUUGCCUUUUCAUUCGGCAAUAGGUCAGCAUUUCACAAGAGUCCAAUUUUUAAAUCGUGGAGCAUAUCACUACUGAAUUUUUCUCAUACUCCUCUGGGGCUUUCUGAAUUUUGUUGGACUUUGAUCUCUGGUUAAGCUGCCUUGGCUUUUUCUGGGUCUAUUUUCUCUCUUCUUGCAUGCCUCUUUUGCUUGACAUCUCUGCUUCCCCAAAAUUUAAGUAUUCCAUUAUACCUGUUGUUACUGAAACCCACUACUGAAAUAAUAUAGUUUUGGAAAUGGAUUACGGGCUAUCCUAAUUUGGCCAAUUCAGUUCUUUCUUCCCGCGGAUAGUGGAUUCAGACAAGCCUAGAUGACUGUGGAUGAAGCUGGCAGCAGCUCCGAUUGGAGUAGGGAGCAAGAUAAGGCAUUUGAGAAUGCCCUCGCAACUUAUCCUGAGGACUCUUCAGAUCGGUGGGAGAAAAUUGCGGCUGAUGUCCCUGGGAAAACUUUGGAAGAGAUUAAAGAACACUAUGAGAUUCUGGAGGAUGAUGUUAACCAGAUUGAAUCUGGUUGUGUGCCUUUGCCAUCGUAUAAUUCUUCUGAGAGUUCAACAAGCCAUGCUGGUGACGAAGGGACUGGUAAGAAAGGAAGCGGCCAUUUAGGGCAUUAUAACAGUGAGCCAAAUCAUGGGAGUAAGAAUUCAAGGUCAGAUCAGGAACGUCGUAAGGGGAUUGCUUGGACAGAGGAUGAGCACAGGUUAUUUCUUCUUGGUUUGGAUAAAUAUGGGAAAGGUGAUUGGCGAAGCAUAUCCCGGAACUUUGUGGUCACAAGAACGCCAACACAAGUGGCAAGUCAUGCGCAAAAAUAUUUCAUUCGAUUGAACUCCAUGAACAAAGAUAGGAGGCGAUCUAGCAUCCAUGAUAUUACCAGUGUUGGCAAUGGAGACAUUUCAGCACCCCAAGGACCGAUCACUGGUCAAUCAAAUGUUGCUGCAGCUGGAGGUUCCUCUGGAAAAUCAGCGAAACAGCCCCCUCAACAUCCUGCUGUACCACCUGGUGUUGGCAUGUAUGGUACUCCAACUAUAGGGCAACCAAUAGGAGGUCCCCUUGUGUCAGCAGUUGGCACGCCAGUGAAUCUUCCUGCCCCAGCACAUAUGGCUUAUGGAGUCAGAGCUCCAGUACCAGGAGCAGUGUUUACUGGUGCUCCAAUGAACAUGGGUCCUGUGACGUACCCAAUGCCGCAUACAUCUGCUCAUAGGUAAUAUGCUGUUUUGCUGCCAAAUGUACAAAGGACAGAAGACUACUUGCUUGUGUGGAUAUUGGGGUACUGGGUUUCCAUUUUAGCCUGAAUAAGAUUUGCUUAUUUGCAAGCACAAGUUGUUUCUGUCAUUUGUUUAAAAUCUAAAUAAGCCGUAGGGAGAGAAUUUACAUGUAUUUGUAUAGGCAACUGUGGAAAAAGAAAAUGUUAAAAUGUGGCAGAUUUAUGGGUAGAACAGCAUUUUGGCA